GCCACAAAGCGCGAGUGGAUGUUGCAUGAGGGUUGAAGCCGCCAGAGGGAAGCCGUUUGCCAACGUCUGGAAGACGGAGAGGAGACAGCAAAGCAGCAGUGCCCUUCCAGACCCGCACGCGAACAUGAAGGCUGGCCUCCAACCCUGCUGAUUGCUCAGCGCUCGCCACUGGGCUCGCUUGAGGUUGGAAACCAGGAGGUAGCAACACGUUGUUUGGAGGGAGUGCUCUCCAACGCUUCGCCCUCGCCGAACUUGCAGCUGGUUCCAGGAGCAACUUUGCAUCUAGCUGAGCUGCUGAGCUCUUCCCCCGCAACCGGCUCCAUCCCGCCUCUAAGCCAGAGGGGGCUUCUCUUCCCCGCCCUUCCUUGCGUUUCACCCGCGCCUGCCUGGCUGGAAGGCGGCAACCUGUUUCCCGAGCGCGGCCUCCGGAAGGUGCGAACCGUCGGAGCGAGGUGCGAGCCAUGGAGCCCCUUCGCUACGCCUUCGCCCCUGCCAAGCAGGCAACCGGGUAAGGGUGAUCUCCGGAGGACGCGAAGCGGGCGAGCCCCAAAGCAACCAUCGCUGGAAAAGGCGGAGCGCAGGGAGAGAGAAGACGUGUGCGCGCGCGCGUGUGUGACACUCUUGCCGUUGCCACUUGCUACAUUCAUCAUCGCAGACGGGGGUUGAUGCAACUUUUGCAAGGUCCGUCCCGAGAGGCCGUCGUGGCUCGAAGACGACAAUCACGCCUGGCCGAGACUGGAGGAUUCUUCGUCUUGUGAUUAUUUCUUAAUCCCUUUGUGAGCUUUGCCGCUUGUUCUCCGAAUCUAGGAUACCUUUGCUGAAGACAUGGCUGGAACGUGAAGCCUUACUGCGGGGAUCAGCAACAUCCUUUAUUGCCCAACCUGUGCCCCGGAUCAGCUUGUUGUGGGAUCGCCUUAUGGGAGGAAUGUGUGCAACUGGCAACUCCUUUAGGCUGGGCAGCAGCUGUUUCUGAAGGAGCCUGAGAGCUUCUCCCUCUUCCUAAGCAUGCACCCGCUCCAGACUCACUUUGCCUUUCCUUGGCUUCUGGGUACGCUCUCUGCCCUUGCCAGAAUAGCAUUGUUUGAGCCACCUUUGAAAAGGGAUGGGGUGGAGUGGCCAUCCAGUGUCGGGAGCAAAAGCAAAGCGUGCGGGUCGUGGUGCCAAGUGACUCUUGCAAAGUCUCAGCAACAGACGCCCAGGCAAGGCGAAGUCUGGACCGUGUCGGGAUUCCCCUUAGGGAGCACCUCCCAGAAAGGUCAGGUAGGUGGAUCCAAGGCCACAGCUAAAGCUCUGGAGGAAUGGGUUCCACUGGUGGAUUAUGGUGACCCCAAUGACUGGGUUGUAGCGCAGUUUGCACUUGGUGGAUCUCAUUCUCUGAAAACAACUGGCUCGUCUGGUGGCCCUAGGAAAGAACUGUUGAACGAAGUCCGCUUUGUAGCUUUGGUGAAUGGACUCCCUAAGAAUGAAGUACAGGGAAAGGAAAGCAAAAAGGAUGCCACAAGGAUUAGCCUCAAGAGCUAUCUUAGAAGCAAACGGGGAGCUGGUGUUCCCCUUGAUGCAGAGCAAGCAGGAAAAGUCAGGGCUUUAAAGAACAGCUACUUUUUAAGAAAUGUCAAUAACUCACUGGAUAGAGGGGCUGAGAAGGAUACCCCCCUGUUGUUACCCUUGAAUGGUUCUCACAUGAGGGAGAGGAAUACAGGUAUGCACAGGAAUGGAACCUUAAGAUCAUCUGGGGUCAAGAACCCUUUCUACCCUCUGACUGAGGAGUCCUAUGGGGCCUAUGCAGUCAUGUGCCUGUCAGUAGUCAUCUUUGGCAUUGGGAUAAUGGGUAACAUGGCAGUGAUGUGUAUCGUGUGCCACAACUACUACAUGAGGAGCAUCUCGAACUCGCUACUGGCUAACCUGGCCUUUUGGGAUUUCCUCAUCAUCUUCUUCUGCUUGCCUUUGGUGAUCUUUCAAGAACUUACCAAAAAGUGGCUGCUGGAGGAUUUCUCCUGCAAAGUUGUACCGUACAUUGAGGUAGCAUCUCUUGGAGUCACUACAUUUACAUUAUGCGCCCUCUGUAUAGACCGUUUCCGUGCUGCCACUAAUGUGCAGAUGUAUUAUGAGAUGAUUGAAAACUGUACAUCCACGACUGCCAAACUGGCUGUGAUAUGGGUUGGGGCUCUCCUUUUGGCUCUUCCUGAGGUAGUUUUGCGCCAGUUGACUAAAGAAGAUUCUGAAGGCAGUGGAAGCCCUCCUGUGGAACGGUGUGUAGUGAAGAUUUCUCCUCACUUACCAGACACCAUCUACGUGUUGGCCCUCACAUAUGACAGUGCAAGACUCUGGUGGUACUUUGGCUGUUACUUUUGUUUGCCUACUCUUUUCACAAUUACUUGCUCGCUGGUGACAGCAAGGAAGAUCCGCAAGGUGGAAAAGGCAUGUACAAGAGGCAACAAACGACAGAUCCAGCUGGAAAGCCAGAUGAACUGCACAGUGGUGGCUUUAACUAUUUUAUAUGGCUUCUGCAUCAUUCCAGAGAAUAUUUGCAACAUUGUCACUGCUUACAUGUCCACAGGGGUCUCUCAACAAACUAUGGAUCUCCUUCACCUUAUUAGUCAGUUUCUCUUGUUCUUUAAAUCAUGUGUGACUCCAGUUCUUCUUUUCUGUCUCUGCAAACCAUUCAGUAGGGCAUUUAUGGAUUGUUGUUGCUGUUGCUGUGAUGAAUGCAUUCAGAAGUCUUCAACAGUGACAAGUGAUGAUAAUGACAAUGAAUACACUACAGAGCUCGAGCUCUCCCCUUUCAGUACUAUACGCCGUGAGAUGUCCACUUUUGCAUCUGUUGGGACUCAUUGUUAGUUCACUCUAUGGUUGGAACUUAUGAAGGCAAAUAGAGUGGGGUUUGCCUGUUGACUUCAGAAGGGUGGUAUGUAGAUUUUGCUAUUUGGUCAUAGUUCUACAUAUUUAUAUUGAGGGAGGAAAUUGUUGUAAGGACUGUUAAUAACUGUUUUACAUACUAACAUAUUUGCAUUGAAAAAUACUCAUUUAGACAUUAAAAAGAGAGACCAAUAACCAGCUUGGUAUUUUAAACUGAUGCAGUUGAUGUGUUCUUGUAUUUUAGUUUUAAGGGAAGGGAGAAGUCAUCCCAUUUCAUUAUUUACUUUCUAUUAGUUUUUUUUAAUCACUGCAGAUUUCUUAGAUUGGGCAUGAUCCAGCCAAUCUCAAGUGCUUCUAUAGAUUGUUCUGUUUUUUGAUGAUUUUUUUUGCGGGGGGAAGGAGGGGUGUUAUUGAAUGCAUAAGAACUCCAGUUGACUUUUGUGGGACAAAACCUAAGCACAUUCUUCUUGAAAUCAAUAAAACUAAAAAGCUCUUAACUUUGACUGAGUAGUCUUCACUGGGUUAUUUUUGAUUCCCCAAAAUUUUCCCACUAAAUAUGUGGUUUGAAGCGCUCAACUUUAAACCUAUUUUAUGCAAAUUAUUGUGACAUUAUUUGGUAUACCAAAAUAAUGGUAGAGUUAAAUUAAUGCAUUUUAAUUAUUUGAUUACAUUGUCAAGAAGUAUUUUAACAGUUGCAUUAAAUAAUACGAGGAUAAUCAGAAGAACAAUCAUUUUCUUUCAUUAUCAAUGGACUAAUAUUGAAUAUGCUUUCCCUGGCACUGACUUAGAGAUAUAUCUUCACAAUGCACCUUUGCAGGGCACAGAUGCACAUAGGUCACCUAUCCAGUUUCUGUAGGGAGAGUCUUAAUGCUGUGCUCAUCUCUCCCUCCACAUGAGAACACAUACAUGAAACUGCCUUUUAUUGAACUAAAUCCUUGGUCCAUCAAGGUCAGUACUGUCUAUUCUGAUUGGCAGUUGGCCGGGGCUCUCUGGGGUCUCAGGCAAAAGUCUUUCACAUCAUCCCACUGCCUGACCUUUUUAACUGGAGAUUUCAGGGAUUAAACCUGGGACCUUCUGCAUGCAAAACAGAUGCUGUAUCACUGAGCCAUGUCCCUUUCCCCCACACAUACAAGCAGCAGGGAAAAUUUCACAGUGAACGUGGGCUAUACAGUUGUAGUGUUAGUUUUGCAAUGUUUUGAGGAAGGAGGAAUGAACAUACUGUUCUUUAGACUAUUCUGAUUGUGUGCUGCUGUCCUAAAUCUUGAAAGCUGUUGUGCAGAUGUGGCCUAUCUGACAGGUCUAAAGGAAUGGUCUAUAUGUGGAUAUACAAUAUACAGUCAAAGUUUUAAUAUUUCUGCUGUGGAUUCUUCCUUUUAAAUACACAUAUGUAUGUUAUGUUCUAUUUGAUCUGUGGGAUUUCCACUCACAUAAGGUGUAUUACUGCCUGUGACUCUUAGUUUCUUUUUGCUGUGUUUUCAACACAAAGGGCUAUGCCUUCCGUCUGUGUAUGUAACUCCUAAUGUAAGUCACAGUGCCACUGUAGGGAAGGGGAUUUAAGACUUUGCCACAGAAUUAGUGACAAUAAAAUCUGAAAGCUUAAA